AUGACAAAACACUUGUGGCUCUCCAUGUUCACCCUCAUUAUUCCAGUGGCUCUGGCAGUUGGUGUGGAUCAAUCCAAGAAUGAAGUGGUGUCAAGGUUCUUUGAUUCCAUCAAUACCUCGAAUGCCAAUGUGAAGCAGUGUGUAUGGUUUGCUAUGAAAGAAUACAACAAGGGAAGUGAGGACAAGUAUGUCUUCCUCGUGGACAAGACACUGCAUGCUAAGCUUCAGAUCACAGACCGAAUGGAAUACCACAUUGAUGUUCAGAUCUCCCGAAGCAAUUGCAAAAAGCCUUUAAACAAUACUGAAAACUGUGUCACUCAAAAAAACUCCAAACUGGAAAAGAAAGAAAAUUGCAGCUUUUUGGUUGGAGCACUUCCCUGGAAUGGCGAGUUCAUCCUGUUGAGCAAAGAAUGUAAAGAUAUCUAA